UGGGAUUGGGUAGAAGCAAUCAGGAUUCAGAACCAAGGCUUCGAGGAGGGACGAGCCGAUAGGGCAAAGAGACUUGGGACUGACCGAGGUUCUUAGAACCAAGGGGGACGGAGACGGCGUUAGGCGGCUGUUCUAUUCUUUGUUAGGACCAGGCAGGGUAGCUUAGCUGCACGUCCUUGAGACACGUGCUUGUCCGGCAUUCUUAAAUCUCUCUCCUUCGUGACUGCUUCUCGCGAUCCACCGACGAGGAUAACUAUUUGUGCUGGGUGAAUGGGCAAAUUAUAGACAUUCAGGACAGAGAAUUUCAUCAGCCUUUCUCCCUUCGUCCGGCAUUGCUUCGAUCGCUCUCGUCCGAUUUUUGCCUGAUCAGCAUUUAGUUUAUCGGCAUGGAGACGCCGUCAGUGUCGCGGCAUCAGAAGCUUGUAACGGACGUUCUUUCGUGGGUGUUCAAUGUAGUCACAUCCGUCGGGAUCAUUGUGGUUAACAAGUACCUGAUGACCCAUUACAACUUCACCUUCGCCGCCACGCUCACCGGACUCCACUUCAUCAUGACGUCGCUGAUGACGUCAGCGCUGCGGCUGAGCGGGUACCUGGAACCUUCGCAGCUGCCGCUGAUGGAGCAGGUCAAGUUCGCGCUGACCGCCAACGUGUCGAUCGUGGGGAUGAACGUCAGCCUCAUGUGGAACAGCGUCGGAUUUUACCAGAUCGCCAAGCUGGGCAUGAUUCCUGUUUCGUGCGUGCUCGAGGUCUUCUUUGACAGCAUGCGAUACUCCCAGGGCUCCCGCCUCUCCGUGCUGCUCGUGCUGCUAGGGGUUGCCACGUGCACGAUUGCCGACAGCAGCCUCAGCGCCAGGGGCAUGGUGGCAGCGGCUGUUGCUGUUUGCUCUACGGCCCUACAGCAAUACUACGUACAAUAUUUGCAGAAGAAGUAUCGCCUGGGCUCGUUUGAUCUGCUCUCGCACACAGCACCAGUGCAAGCAGGAACCCUCAUUCUGUUGGGGCCGCUGAUCGACUGGCUGCUGUCCGGCGCUCGCUUUGACAGCUACGACUUCAGCGUGCCCUCUGUGCUCUGCAUUGGUCUCUCGUGCCUGAUAGCUGUGGCGGUCAACGCGAGUCAGUUCAUCUGCAUUGGGCGAUUCACAGCCGUCACCUUCCAGGGCCUAGGCCACAUGAAGACCAUCUGCGUGCUUGUGCUGGGAUACGCCCUAUUCGGCUUGGACGGGCUCAGUGCGCCGGUCGUAAUCGGCAUGCUGCUUUCCAUAAUGGGCAUGGUGUGGUACGGCAACGCUUCGUCAAGACCAGGAGGCAAGGAGAAGCUGCCCGUGGCUCCUACUCUCCCAACCACCACUACGGACUCAGAAGAAAAAGCACCUCUAAAAAGUGAACCACGGGAAGCUCCUGUGUCGGCGCUGGGGAUUGAAAAGGUGGCUAGUGGUAGUGGAUAAACAAGGCCUGGCAUUUGAUUUGACUAGACUCUGGCUGUGGUGCUAUUUUCCACAAGCCAAGCACUUAUGCAUGGCACAAAACAUCAGUGCUGUAUUGCUUUCUACUAUUUCAACUA